AUGACUUCUCGCAAGCGCUCCUCAGAUGUGCAGGAUCUAGGAGGUGAAACCAGUGUCCAGUCUAAGAAGGCUAAAGUUGGCACGGAGGAGACAGGCACCUCGAAAGUGGAUAUGAAUGGCGAUAAGUACUGGGAAAUCUCCAAAAUGCGACGAGUAACCGUCUCCUCGUUCCGUGGAAAGCCCAUGAUCAGUGUGCGUGAGUACUACGAGAAGGAUGGGCAGGAGCUUCCGGGCAAGAAGGGGAUCUCUAUGCCCAUUGCCCAAUUUGCCACUCUAGUCAAGAUUCUCCCCAAUAUCGAGGAAGCUCUCAAGGGACAGGGCGAGACAUUGCCCAGACCACUGUACUCGGGAGGUGGGGUUCAACCUGACGAGGAUCAAGACAAGAGAAGCAAAGAUGCCAGUCCUUCCAAGCAGAAUAUUGAGGCUACUAGCGAGGAGGAGAGUGAUGCAUGA